AUGGAGUACAUAGUGGCGCCAAUCGCCGAGAUGCGCUUCGCAAGUAUUGCAAAUCGGUGGAUAAUUAGGGUGAUCACAGAUGUGGCAGAAGAAUGCUGGCGGAGAAGGGCCCCGGCGAUGCCUUGCGUCUCGGCCGUCCUGCCGGCCUCGACUACUACGAUCUCCAAUGGAACAGCUCAUGGCGCCGGGAUGAACGCUAGCGCGAUGGGCACCUUGUUCUCUCAGCGUGGAGCAGCUGUAACCGCAGUUAACACAGAUGUGCUCGACCCUGCUUCGGUGAUCUCGACACCAGUGAUCGUAGAAAUGGUGAAGUUGGUCAAACGCCCAGGAGCAGGGCAUCCCGUCGCCAAUGGCAAAUUGGCAGAUGAUGCGACCUCUGACAUCCCGAUAACCGUGGCGUCCACUGAGACUCACCGGCGCCGAGGCAAAUCUGUUGGCUUCUUCAGAGUGAAGCCUCCAUGGCGUGCCGCAGCCCGGGCAGCCGAAUGCAACCCGGUACCCACGGUACAUCUCACUGCCUCGGAGAUCGUCGAUGCACCCUCGGUGGGCACCGAGGAUCUCUCUGGUAGCACUGAUGUCACACAGGCUACAGCGCCCGGGGCCUUCAAUCACCUGAACCACUACGGCGACCUCGGCGAGGUCAAUCGCCCCGUAGGUCGAGUACAUCCGAAGGUUGAGUAG